AAAUGAGGUAUAUAUAAAAUAUUCUUAAAAGAAAAACAAAACCCUAAAUUCUAUUUUCCCCGGUUUUUUUCUUCUCCCUCUCACUGCAGUAGCCGCACAUCUGCACCCUUUCUUUUAGCUCUUUCCUUCGUCUUUCAUAUACCCUCCCUUCCACAACUCAAACCGGCCCCUGUGCAGCAUUCUUGUACAACAGCCAAUCGUCGAGGUUCGUUUACACUCUCAUCUUCCGUAACCCCGUUCUCUCAGUGGAUCAUAGUUCGCAAGGAAUCAUGGCAGACGAAGUUCAGAAUGAUGUGAAUGAUCAGGUGGCAGAUAUUGCCCCCUUUGAUCCAACUAAGAAGAAGAAGAAGAAGAAGGUUGUACUUCAGGAUCUGGCUGAUGAGUCUGUUGACAAGUUAGCAGAGAAAACCGAAAGUUUGUCAGUUUCUGAUGGUCUGGAGACUACCACAUUUUCUGGACUUAAAAAGAAGAAGAAAAAACCAGUAGAGGCUAUUUCCUUGACUGACGAUGGUGCCGAUGCUACGGAGGAUUUGGAAGAUCAAGCGGGGGAGAACGAAGAUCAAGACGGAAUUACUUUACAGUAUCGUUAUCCUUGGGAAGGAAGCGAUCGUGAUUAUGAAUAUGAGGAGCUUCUUGGACGGGUAUUCAACAUUCUUAGAGAGAAUAAUCCAGAGCUUGCAGGCGAUAGGCGUAGAACAGUUAUGAGGCCUCCUCAAGUUCUUCGUGAAGGCACAAAGAAAACUGUUUUUGUCAAUUUCAUGGAUCUCUGUAAAACGAUGCAUCGGCAGCCAGACCAUGUUAUGGCUUUCUUAUUAGCCGAACUGGGAACCAGUGGAUCUCUUGAUGGACAGCAGAGAUUAGUUGUUAAAGGAAGGUUUGCACCAAAGAACUUUGAAGGAAUUCUGCGUCGAUAUGUCAAUGAAUAUGUGAUUUGCAUUGGGUGCAAGAGUCCAGACACUAUCCUUUCAAAGGAGAAUCGACUCUUCUUUCUCAGAUGUGAGAAGUGUGGUUCUGGACGAUCAGUUGCUCCCAUUAAAGCUGGUUUUGUUGCUCGUGUCGGCCGGAGGAACGCUGGGACAUGAUUAUCACUUGUUUGCUUGUAUGGAAGCCUGAUGUUUUUGAGUAAUAACCACUUGUUAAAACUUGGUUUACUAUCGAAUUGUCGCAAGUGAAUUUUGAAGUGAAUGCGAUAUUGUAAUUGGGGUUCUAGAAUUUAAGAUAAUGACGAGUUACAAGGCCGUGUUUAUUCUCUUUUCUUUCUGUCCAUUUGGAUGUCUAGAUGGCUACUGAUUGGGUUGUAUUUGGGCAAUUACAAGGCUAUCCAAAAUGGCGUUAUGAACACACACUCGCAAAUUCAUUCAAUUACAUGAUAUGUUAAAU